UAUAUGCCAGUCGCAGAGUCAUCAGCGAGCCGUGCGGCGGGUCAAACGUUUUGGCGAAUCCUAGGGCAGAUACUGAUCGCGAAUGCUAUUAUCAGAACGGUUCCGAAGAUCAACGCGCGCGCGUCGUUGUCCUGUCCCUGGGUCGUGCGGCCUACGAAGAAAGUGGUGCGCUCUUUGUGGCGGUUUCUGUUUGAGGUUUAUGAGCUGAUGUCUAAGGACCUGGCACUGUGUGCAACAAGUGUUCCCCCGGUCAAUAAGUGUUGGUUUGUUAAAAGUAGUCCAUCUUUUGAAAACAAGUGAUAAGCGAAUGGUUUGAUUAGAUUAGAAGGUAGUAUCGUUCGUUUGUGCGUUGUAUCGGUAUGCAUUCGUCCGAACCUUCGAUUUGCUCCUUCGUCUCUGAAUGCGAAUGUUUGUAGUGACCGCCGGGUGUCGUGAGCAAGUGUUGGAGAUCCAACGCCUAUCAAUACCAAGCUCGUCCGGGUGAUGCUCUAUGGCAAAGAAAAGAAGUUAACGGCCAUAAAGCGAGAGAGUCCAAACACACAUGGGUGGUAAAAAUAGUCAACAAGUGUCAAAUUUAUAGUGAGGAAAACGGAAAGUAACGUCACACACGCGGAAAAUAAACGGAAAGUGGCUCUACGGCAGAGUAGCAGAGAAAGAGAGAAUACAAGAGCUGCCCAGAGUGACCGCCUCCGAUGCUGGGCUGUUGCAGAUAGAUAAAUUACCGACCAAUUAUAGCAUGAAAAAAUAAAUAGAUCAGCUCAUUGUUGGAGUUCGCCGUCACUGGGAAGAAGCCGACCACAAACAAGAAGAGUGGUGAUACAAAUCGCAUGAUAGCAAUAUUAGCACUAAUUAAUAGCUCUCUAGGUGACCUACGUAGCAAAUUAUGGCUACGAAGUGUCGCGCUUGUGAGUCCGAAUAGUAGUUCUUCUCUGUAUUGUUACAGCUAGUCAUAAAAAGUGAAUACCAUAAAACACGCCGCGCCGCUGCGAUAGUGAAUCCCAAAUUAAUUAACCCCUAAAUUCGUCAGAGCAAUAACCAGGGUCCAAGGGUCUUUUUGUGUCUGCUCAUUGAAACCUGCAGCGUUACGUCAAUUCGGUUCCGGUGUAUUUUCAGCAAUUUUUCGCAGUUUUUUUUGUGGCACCUGCGUUUAGGCAAUUACGGAGAACACCCAAUUAGUCACUGAGCCCGGCGUACACAGUUGGCUGGUUGGCUACUACCUAAUACCAGCUGAAUAAGUGCCCUUGAAAGCCAACCAACCGACCAGCAAACUCAAUCAUCGAUAACCGAAAGACACAGAGCAGCACCUCACCUACAUUGGGCACAGGGAGCGCACGGCUACAGGCGAUAAGAUCGGUUUCUUAUCACUUCAAGAUGAUCACGCUAGAUGUGCGCUACUGACAGACAAACGCUCCCAAAAAUGACCACAAUCCACCAAUCGGAUACCUGAGAGAGCACCUGUUUGUUCCGUUUCUGAAUUCUGUGAUAUACUCGUUUUAAGAAGUGGACGAAAUCGCGCUCAAAACACGGGCACGAUGGACCACCCACAUGACCAGCAGAAUCAGCUGGAAACGCACUCGCUCAAUCCGGUUCCGAAUCGGCGAGCAAUUAACGAUCUGCAUUUCAAUGCAAUCAACACCAACUACAAGAACCAGAAUAAAUUGAACAACAAUAACGUAGUGGUACAAAACGAUGAUUCCAAAGUGUUGCUACUGCCAUCAAAUCAUCGUAAAUUCAUCAUCGUUCCAUCGCAGCCGGGUAGCGCCAUUAGCAGUAGCGGAGGAACGGCUUCUCCACCCCCGACCUCACCGACGCAACCGACCGGUUGCAGUAACAAUAAUAAUAAUACUAACACCUGUAGCCAUACUAGUCCGCAUGUAGCCAAGUUCGAGAUCGGGGAGAGCUCGUCAAGUGGGCCGCCCAGUUCGAUGCUCAAUCCAGCUUACCCGCUAGGACCAAGUUCCAAACCAAAGCAAUUCCACAGUUUGAGAUCGGUACGUUCUGCGACGGACCGGACGGGGAUAGCCGAUGCCCAUCUCAGCCCGACGACCAUUAUUCGGACCGGGUCGUACAUCUUCAGCGAAGCCGGCGGAACCCCGCGGCUGUUUUCCGAUGCCACCUCGAUACGAUCGUUGGCUUCCAUUGGGGUGGGGUCCACCGAUGGCCGGAGGAUGGUGAUUCGACGAGUGCCAAACUCACCCACCGAGCUGCUGACUAUCAUCAACCCGCCAACGCCCCCGGAUGAACCGUACGAAAAUGACAGCUACACGGGCAUCUCGGACGACUCGGACAUCGAUAACCUGAAGCCCCGGAAGCAGCACUGGGCCAACAAGAUGCAAUUCGUGCUGGCAUGCAUCGGCUACUCGGUUGGAUUGGGAAACGUGUGGCGGUUUCCCUAUCUGUGUUAUAAAAGCGGUGGCGGGGUUUUUCUAGUACCGUAUUUUAUAAUACUGCUAACCUGUGGCAUCCCAAUGCUGUUCAUGGAGCUUGCCGUCGGACAGUACACAGGACGAGGGCCGAUUGGAGCGCUAGGGCAAUUGUGUCCGCUGCUAAAAGGUACCGGCCUGGCCAGCGUAGUCGUAUCCUUUCUGAUGUCGACCUACUACAGUGUGAUCAUUGCCUAUGCCAUCUACUAUUUCUUCACAUCGUUUCGACCGGAGCUACCGUGGACGGAUUGCUCGCACCGAUGGAACACACCGGACUGUUGGGUCCCGGAGCGCAUGAAGCACAACAUCAGCCGACCGGAACUGUCGCGAACACCCACCGAGGAGUUCUUCGAGAACAAAGUACUCCAGAUAAGUCACGGCAUCGAAUACCCCGGCGGAAUGCGGUGGGAACUGGUGGCAUGUCUGAUUUGUGCCUGGAUCCUGGUCUAUUUUGCCAUCUGGAAGUCGAUCAAAUCUUCGGCCAAGGUUCGAUACCUGACGGCGACGCUUCCGUUUGUGCUGAUCAUCGUUUUCCUCGGGCGCUCUCUCACGCUGGAAGGGGCCGACAAGGGCCUGAACUACUUUUUCCGACCCAACUGGGAGGAGCUGGGCAGGGCGAACGUAUGGAUCAACGCAGCGGCGCAGAACUUCAAUUCGAUUGGCAUUGCGUUCGGGUCGAUGAUAUCCUUUGCCAGUUACAACAAAUACAACAACAACAUUCUACACGACACGCUGGCCGUGUCCUUUGUGAAUGGUAUCACUAGUCUGCUAGUGGGAAUCUUUGCCUUCGCCACCAUCGGUAACAUCGCCCUGGAGCAGAACACAACCGUGGAGGAUGUCAUCAGCGGUGGACCCGGGUUGAUCUUUGUGGUGUAUCCUCAAGCGUUGGCAAAGAUGCCAGCGGCACAGAUGUGGGCCGUUCUGUUCUUCUUCAUGCUGCUGUGCCUAGGGUUGAACAGUCAGUUCGCCAUCGUCGAGGUCGUCGUCACGUCGAUCCAGGACGGAUUCCCUCGGUGGAUCAAACGGAAACUGGUCUACCACGAACUGCUGGUGCUGAUCGUCUGUGUGGUAUCGUUCUUCGCCGGGCUUCCCAACCUGAUACAAGGCGGUAUCUACUUUUUCCAACUGAUUGAUCACUACGCGGCAUCGAUAUCGAUCAUGUUCUUGGCGUUUUUCGAAACGGUGGCCAUCGCCUGGUUCUACGGAAUCAAUCGGUUAUCGAAGAACGUCAAGCAGAUGACGGGAAGGUAUCCAUCGUUCUACUUACGGUUCUGCUUGCUGAUCGCUGUGCCGGCAAUGUUGAUCUCACUGUGGAUCUUCAGUUUGAUAAACUACGAAGCCCCGACGUACCACAACGGAAAAUACAUCUACCCAGGGUGGGCUCACGGUCUAGGAUGGGCCAUCACAGCCGCCUCGUUAAUAUGCAUUCCGGCGUUUGCCAUCUACCAAAUAGCUCGAGCCGAAGGGGCUACGUUAGGACAGAAAAUCAUGAAUACUCUAAAGCCCAACCUUUACGAGUGUAAAAUCUGCGGCGAGCAUCACUGCGAUCAUGACUUCCCAGAGGACGAAUACGGACGGGAAAUGGCUCUCGUCGACUCUACUUCCGGGGCACCGUUGAUCCUGCAAGCUCCACCGCCGGGAAAUCCACAGGUGACGGUCAAUGGCGACAGGAAUCACACCGCAGGAGACAACUCCCAACCGGAAGAAGCGGGAAGGCGGUGAUUCCCGAUGCUGUGCACCCACUAGGUUUAGAACUUUAAUUCUCACACAUCAGUCACGCAACAAACCAACAGUCGCACAAUCGAAAUACAAACGCUGAUCGACGGAGUUCCACAAUCGAAGAUUUAGAGAAAAGACAAUUGAUAGGUAGAUAAAAAUACAAUUUCAAACCAUCAGUGCGGAAGAAAGAGAGUCGCGAGAAACAUAUUCCUAGGAUCUAAAGAAACUAUUUGUUAGAUUGUUACCAAGUAAAUUCAAUGUGAUGCUGCUGAUUUUAGAAACCAAUCGAAAAGUUUAUCGACUUUUGUUUUAAUAAGGAACAUAACUAACUAUAAUCAAUUGAAAAGAAAGAUACAAUCCUUCGCAUCGCAUGUGAAGAGUGAAGGAAAUAAACGAACUUAGGUUUCACACCGUCAAUAAGCGAUUCACGAAAAGACAGUUGAACUUUCGAAAAAGGAAGGAACGGUUGUACAUUUUUUUGUCCGAAUAAAUCUGUCAUAUAGGUAGUUUAAAGUGAA